AUGAUCGGCGCGGUGACGCGUGGGAACAAAUAUCCUCUGACGCGAGAGACCUUGAUCGACGCGCUGCAGGGCGUGACGUUCGUGUUCGGACCGGUCGAGCCCUCUCCGUCGGAUGGGCCCGUGAUGCGCCCUCCGCCGCGGACGGUCGACGAGGACGUGGUGGUCGACUUCGCUGUGGACUUCACGUUCAUGCAGGAUCUGCUUCCGUCGACGCCCACGCCGUUCACACCCCUCGAGACCGACCAGUUCGUCGUGAAGAUCCCGCACGCGUUCGUGGAGGGCGACGGCGGGCUCGUGUACGACGCAAACGGCCACGUCUAUCACGAAACCGGCCACUUCUACACGCGCAACGGCCUCGGCACCGCGCCUCUCCCGCGCAAGCCCAUCCCGGGGACCCGCGCAUGCCUCCACUACCCCAAGCUCGCGACGUACGACCCCGGCCCCCUCCGCCCUCCUCACGGACCUUGCUUCCGCUGCAUGUAG